AUGGCAUGGAGUGAUGCGAAAGGCGCGAAUACGUCCUCAAAGUACACGAACUCAGCGGAACCAUAUACAUCGGAUGGUAGUGGAGGCAUAUCUCCAACCUCACUAACGUCUACAUCAACGAACGAGAUAAACUCUCUCAAGUGUCCGCCUGAGAAGCUGAGAGGUGCUGUGAGUGCAGAGUGCAGUAGCUCAGAUAAAACCCGAACAGACACUGAUGCAUCUGGGACUCGAUCUAAUAUAGCUACAGUACACACCAGCGCAUUGAAUACGGGUAUGGAGAACAACGACAACAUAUGUGCUGAUACGUCUCCGAGUCCGCAUGCGGGAGAUGGUGUCAUCGGGGAGUGUUUAGAGACGGUUAGUGCCCAUAGUCUCGUACACAACGUCCUUAUCAAUAACAACGUGUGUGUGCGUGUUGAUUCGAAUGAUGCAAACGCACACAAUGUUGAGACAGGUCCCGCGACAAAGGACACUAUUCCCUUCCCGGUUGGGCGCAUGGAGGUGAAUACAAAGUGUAUAGUUUGUGGGGAUGAUGUGUGUGCACAUUGCGGUGAUAAAAAGAGUGAUCAUCAGGAGAACAAUAGUGCUAGUGAUAGAGAUGGAGAUGAGACGGCUCCCCAUACCAAUACACAAUCACAUUGUCGGACGAGAGAGGAUUACGCCUGCGAUGCAGAGGUCACAGCAACAGAGUGCACCGAUAGUGUACCUUCUUAUGUAACACACUCAGUAGAUGGGUUGUGUGCUAUUUGUGGAAGUAGCAGGGACUUAAAAAAAACGUGCGAUGGCCAUCGUAUCGAUCAUAAUGGAGGGGAGAGGGAAAGGUGUGCAACAAUGUUCAAUGCAACGCCAUUAGCGCGUGUUAUAUCCGGAGAAGGGUGGGCUUUAGACAGCAGCGAGACCUCUCGCACGAGCCGUACGUCCAAGGGGAAAGGGACUAUGUUUAGCAUGCCGUGUACCCAACACGUGAGAGAGGUGGCAUCGGAUACUUUCGAUGUAGGUAUAGGCAUGGGUAUGGACACACACGCAGACGCCGAUGAGGGUGCACCCACCCCCACACACACGCACGCACACACACACACACACACACAGUCACCUCCUAAAGUACGCAGCAGCUCACGCGUGUCCUUUCGCAUACCGACUGCUGCCGCUGCACGCGCGUCGGCUAACGCUAUAACAAAUGCCGAGGCGUCGUCUACCAUGGAAGAGGAGGAUAUACUGAGCAUCUCGAGCGACCAGUUAGCCGACACGCACCCACCCGCAAUCCACAGAGACGCGAGGGGGUGCCACAGCAGCACCAGCAACCCCACCACACCCACAGGCGCAGGCGUGCGGAAUGCGCGCGAGAGCGCCGAUAGCAGCGGCAACGUGAGCAGCGCAUACGGCAAGGCUAACCUCACCAGCGUGCUGACCGAGGGCCAUGACCGCAUGAACACCACCACGGAAAGGGGGCGCAGGAUGCAGGAGGGCAAAACGUUAGCACGCUUUGCCGCCAAGUCGUUUUGGAUCGUGCUGCUGGUGGUGGCCGUGGUGACCGUUCCGUUUGCGGCGGUGUUGAUCGCGUAUCUGAUGGAAGACCGGUUGUAUCUGUGCGAGUGUAACCCGGUGCUGGCGCUGUCGAUCACCAUGGUGUGUGUGAGUGGGGUGCUGCACUGUGGGAUCAUCUGGCUGUACGCGUGGCAGGUCAUGAAACACCGCAACCACCCGGCCAUCAAGCCCCGCGGGCAGCACUUCCUGCUGCAGCUGUGUGUAGUAGGCUGUAUCGUCCCGGUGAUGGGCACGCUCAACUCGCUCGAGUAUCUCGGUGUGUUGCAAGGCAUAUGCAUCUUCUCCUACAUCGGCGAACCCUGCGCCCAUAGCCCGACCCAAGCGCAGGCACGAGCGGAUCAGACAUACUUUGUGACUACUUGGUCCGAGGCCCAGGGGCUUGUGCUACAGCUGGUGCAUAUAGCCAUGCGCUUCACCACAACGAUGUAUUUCGCUGCGGUAAUUGCGCGGCAGCGUAUCCUGUACAUCCUCUUUGUGGGUGACCGCCGCACCCGCACCUACAGCCGCCGGCAGAUGUUCUGGCAGUAUCUGUACCCCAAUCUCAUCCUCCUGGUCUGUUGGGCCAUCACCGAGACCAUGCUGUUGGUGUUUGUGAUCAGUGCCUUUCAUUCCGAUGUGUCUCGCGAGACCCAUCUAGACCUGACCGUGGGGCUGUGCUUCCAGAUUGCGUUGGUGCUGGGGAUGCUGGCGGCCUUCUGCUACUACGCGCACAUGACGCGUUACGUCGAGCUCGUGUUCUCGGACUACUGGGCCAAUCUGCGCAUGAUCAGCAUCUUCACCUUUGUCAGCGUGGCCAUAAGCGUGGCGCGUCUGGUCAGCGCCACGUCGCUGGUAGUGGGCCUCAUGUACGGGCCGCUGGAAAUGGCGUUUGUGACGCUGUACUUCAUGGACAGCUUCACGGCUGCGCUUAUAAACAUACACCACGGCAUAGACCGGGUUAGCCUACCCUCUGCGCCGUCGUUUGUGUCGCAAGCAUUGCGUAGGUGGUCUACCGCACCCACGCAGAAACAGAACCUGGUUAGUAAAAGCCAUUCAUUAGACAAGGACGACACACAGGGCAGCCAAAGCGUGCCUACCGAGCUAUGAUAACAAACGGACACGGAUUGCAGAGAAUAUUUAAAGGUUGUCGGACAUGGAUAGUCGGGAACAGAGAAGGCUGUAUCUUCUGCACGCCAUAGUAUACAGAGCAAGUAUCGCAAAAGAGGUCCGAUGAGGAUUGGAACAGAAUAUAAGUAGGAGUCAAAUGUCUAUAGACAAGUCACACAAUGUCUACAGGCCAGUCACACGAUGUCUAAAGGCAAGUCACGCAAUGUCUAAAGACAAUUCACACGAUGUCUAAAGACAAACCACACAUUGUCUACAGGCACUCGGUAUUGAGUGAAUCAAAGUACGGGUGCAAGCCAACGCGUGCCCACAGAGCUGUGAUAGCUGACAGUAGCUAAGUGAUAUUUCAGGUCAGAGAGCGUGUUAUAG